CGCUUGGGCCGACAAACGGGGAAAAAAGAGAGCACCUCCUCCCGUCGGCCUCUCUCUCCCCCUCGGUUUCUUCCUGCCCACCUUACUACUUUGCCUCUAUUAUCUUUGUGCGCCAACUCGACUGCAUCUCCUCCCCUCCUCUUCCAGCUCGCCGUUAGCAAGCAAAGCCGAUUUACGGUUUGAAUUUUGCUGAGUGGUGCCCAAGGAAGAGUGUACUAGUCCGACCGAGGUUCGUUGCGAUGGCCUCGCUUGAGCAGGGAGCACAGAGGCAAUAGAGCUGACCAGGGCGUACGUCUAGUAAUGCGCCUGCAUACCCCAGCAUCAUCGACCAACUUUCCACUUUUUUCUUUUUCGCCCAGCCGCGAGCGACCUUUGAGCCGCAACCCAAUCCUUUCCAGCAAACGGAAAACCUGACAGCGUCAUCCACUCGCGCCCGUCAACAAUCAAACGUCCACCCCCCUUCUCCUUCUCCUUCUGCAUCGCAACCCUACUCGGCCUGGGGAGAGCUGCAAUCAUCAAUUCGGGGCUGACCCAGUCAUCACCCUCUCCCUCGCCCUGGUGUUAGCCACACCUCCUAGCUGCCGUCCCAGCUGCCGGUCAAGCUUCAAGUGCAAUCAUGGCUAGCUACGGCGGAGGUGCCGGAGGCGACGGCUCGCUCAACUCACUCCUCGCCCAGCUGCAGCGCCAGCACUCGCAUCAUUCGCAGCAGUCCAGCGGCCAUGAGAGCUACGAUCAAUCUGCAUCGCAGUACCAGCACCAGCAGCCGCAGCACCAGCAGCCGCAACACCAGCAGCAGCCGCCACCCUCUGGCUACGACCUGCGCUCCCAAUUCAACCCAUACACCAGCAACACCCAGCAAGCUCCCCACUACCACCAGCACCAGCAGCAGCACGUCAAUGAGUCGUACCCCUCUCAGGACAGCACCGACUAUAACCCUCCUGCCGCGCCGACCCCGCCAUCUGCCAUGUACCAGUCCCAGCACCCUCCUGGGUUUGCCACCAGGCCAAUUGACGGCGGCGACGAUCGCACCUCAAGCUUGUUGAGUCUCCUCAAGCUGAACAGCGGCGCAGGUGGGCAGCAGGGCAUGUCGCCGCAACAGCAGCAGCAGCCGCCGCAGCCAUCCGACCAGCUUCACCGCGAUUCGCUCAUUCGCCACGCCUCAAACCAACAGCCGAGCACCAUCCAUGCUCCUGCGCCGUCUUCCGCUGACCCCACCGGCCUGCUCGCUGCGCUUAUGCGAGGCAAGUUCCAGGACGACGAGACCAAGUCGGAGCAUUCGCCAAAGCCUCAGCCUCAGGAGCCUGUGGCCGACAGCAGCUGGAACAAUGCACCUCCGCCCGAGAACACUCAGCAGUACCUGCUCAAUUUGUUGAACAGGCCAAAGCCUAGUCAGGGCGACACCCGUCCCGAGCCUCAUGCGCAAAGCGAACCCGACAGCAAGAUUGCCUCCCCACCAACCGAGCAGCACAACAAGCAGGACUUUUCUACCCUCGAGCGGGCCCUGUCCGACACCACUAAUCGAGCCAACCCUGUUGUUCCUACUGCGAGCUCGUUCGAAUUUGUCUCUCAGGACACUCAGUUCAAACCCUCCCCGGCCCCUGCAGUGUCGAGCCGAGAUGGCACUCCUGCUACAAAGUCCGGGAUAUUCAACUAUACCAACCCCUUCGAUGAGCUGACUGCUUCAGUCUCUCCUCAGAACCGGGCUGGUGGAAAAUCUACAACACCCGGGGUGUCCGGCUCUCCCAGUAUCCAGGCCCAAGCUCCAGGACUGGUCCAGAUCUUGAAGAAGCCUGGAUCGUCCGCUGGUCCAGAGCACAAGCGUCUGUCAAGCACUAGCAGCCACUUGGAAGGUCGCGAGUCAACCCGCCGAAAGGUGGAUGGCCCCAGUUCGCACGCCGAGCAUGAGCCCGAGCCUAAGCACAAGGAGACUGUGUCUGAGGCUGUUAGCGACAUCGCCAACCAGGCUGAUUUGCAGGCUCGGGAGGCAAUUACCCGUGCUGAAGAUGAGCAAGCCCAGGCCAGGAUCACCCAGGACCUUAAGGAGCUGAUGGCUGCUCAGACGGACAAGGAGUUCAACGAGGCGGCCGCCCACGCUGCUUCAGACAUCAAGGAGGAGCUCGAGAAGGACGAGAACAAGACUGCCUUGGAGACAGCAUUCCGUCCCGAAUUGGCAAAGGCCGUCCGAGAGAUUGUGGAUGAUGCCGCCCAGGGUCCCGUCGCCGAUAGCUGGGAGAGUGCCGAAGCCGAAGACGAGAUUGUUGUCAUCGAGGAGACGACUAGUCCUGUCAAGGUCUUCAACUUCCCCAUGAAACCGUGGAUCUCCAUCACGGUCCAAGACGGUGCCAACGACACCCGUCCUGUCUUCCGCGAUGACGCCAUCCUCGACAUUGCGCGGCUCAAGAAAGAGUUUGACCAAAUCGACCGCAACCUCGUGGCCUCGUCAGAGGCGUACCUGGCAUACGGCAUGUCUAAGGCUGGCGGUCUCCGCGUCAUUAGGCAGGACGACGGUCGUGAUGCCAAGUUGUUUGCCGAUACUAAGGACCGCAUUUUCAACCUCGCCAUGUCCGCCACACCCGCAGACCAGGAAGUCACCCAAAAGGAGGCUAUCGUUGGUACCGGUAUCAGUGGCACGGUCUAUUGGGUGCAGGUCAAGGACGGCGAGAAGGACCACCUCGACGAUGCUCAUCUCGAGCAGUACGGGUUUGCUCUGCCUCCUAGCAGUGCCCAGGAGGGCGGAGAUGCCCCCGGCGGUGUUCUGAAGACCCGCGCUCGCACCUCCACCAACCACCCGGAGUACUUUGCUGUCGGCCGCGGCAAAUCCAUCAACAUCAUCUGGCCGUCGUUUGUCUUGCAGAGAAAUCUCAUCAAGCCUGGCCACGACCGUGUCGUCGACACCGACCGACUUGCCAAGGAGUGCUCGCUGAAGAUCAACACUGGAAAGGCUGGUAAGGACUUCACUUUCAGUCAGGAUGACUCAGUCGUUGUCUCGCUUGACAAGUCGGGCCGUGUUAAGUUCUGGGAUGUCCGUGACCUGACCGCCUCCGACGAGGAAUCUGACCCUCGCAACCCAAUGCCAGCACACACCUCGGCCGAGGUGAAGGAGCCGCUGAUGACUCUGACAACAACCCCAGAAGGAGAAAAGGCCUGGCCUACUUCUGUGCUUUUGUUGGACAAGCUCCGGCCGUAUCAGAAGCGCACGGCGCUGCGCUACCUGAUCGUGGGUAUGAAACAAAACCACACGUUGCAGCUCUGGGACUUGGCCCUGGGCAAGCCUGUUCAAGAAUUCAACCUUCCUCACAGCAAGGAAUCCGACGCUGUCUGCAGUGUCAUGUACCACCCUCCCUCUGGUAUCAUUGUUGUUGGUCACCCGACGCGGAACUCGGUCUACUUCCUUCACCUCUCGGCGCCUAAGUACGCGUUGAAGAACAACCCGUCGCAGGUCGAUUACAUCCAGAAGUUGGUGGCGCAAGACUCCUCGAUCCCCACUCCUGACUCUACCGCAGUCAUCAGCGGCAUGAGGGAGUACUCGUUCGCCAACAAGGGUGUUCUGCGAAGCCUUUACCUCCUCCAGAACCCAGCUUCCUCUGGAGAAGGCGCUGAGGCCACACUCUUUGAGCUCUAUGCCAUGCACUCAAAGGGAGUAGCAUGUAUCUCCAUCAAAGCGUCUGAGCUGGGUUGGGACGACGACAACAAGGUUAUUAACCCUGUCGACGCCACACAAGCGGGCGUUGUCUCCAUUACGAAGCUGAGGCCACCACCUACCCAACCCUCGAAUCAGCUGCCUGAGGAACCAGCAGCGCAGCCCUCAAUUCGCCUGGCUGUGCGGCCAAAGGAACCGGCUCCCGAGCCUGCACCAGAGCCGUCCACCCGAAAAGUCGUCACUCCACCCAAGCACAAGGAGGCGAAGGAGGAAGAGUCUGCCGUGCCAGUUCCUGCCUCGGAGAAGCCUGACAAGAAGGGAAGGAAGAAGAAGGCUGCUGCUGAAAAGGCUGCUGCACAGGCUGCUGCGCUGGCUGAACGUGAGCGGGAAGCUGCGCAGACCAACGGCCACGCCCCCAAGGUCGUCGCUACCACGACACACGAGCCGGCCAAGGCCUCUAAAUCCACACCUUUCCCAAGCUUCUCGCAGGAAGUCGACACGCGCAUCAACACGAUGGAGAAGCGUCUUAUCGAGAACAUUGCAAGCUCCUUCCAGUCCAGUCUCUCUGGUCUCCGCCAGAGUCUUGACAAGGAUGCAAAGACUCGCGACAGCCAGUUCGAAGGGAACCAGGUGAAGCUCCUGGGCAUGGUCUCGGAGGUCCUCAACGAGAACUGCCAAGGUGUACUCGCCAAGAUCAUCGAGGAGGAGAUGGAGAAGUCCAUCGCACCAAAGGUUGGUGAGGUUGUCACGCGCACGGUGACCGCCGAGCUUGGAAGCAGGCUCGGCAGUUCUGUCCCGCAGGCAGUGCAGAGGGAGAUACAGCGCACCCUGCCUCAUGCUAUGGACCAGGCUCUGCGGAAGCCUGAGCUCGUCAAGUCGAUGACCGACAAGAUGGUCCACACACUCUCUGCCAAGAUCGACGAGCAGCUCUACGCAGUCCUUGACGAUAGAAUCAUCCCUCGGUUCACUAAGCUGGCUACCGAGGCAGUGACUGCGUGUGGCAAGGAGAUCCUGGUUAAUGUCAACAACCAGUUUAAUGCGAUCGAGCAAGUACGUCUGAAGGACAUGCAAAAGUUUGAGCAGCUCGUUGCCCUCAACACCAACAUGUCAGAGACUCUGAACACUAUGGUCACUGCCCAGGCAAGCUUCCAGGAGGAAAUCCUGAAGCUCCAGACUGAACUUGUCAAACAGCAGUCGCGGAAGGUAUCGCCAGCGCACCACUCGUCUCGCUCUCGACAGCUCGGGCAGGAAGGUCACGCACCGGGCAACGGCUCAUACCACAGCCCAUCUCACAGCCAGUCUCAGGCUUUGCAGCAUGUGGCACAAGCCAUCGUCCCUCAGCAGCAGUACGGCAGCCCCCAGGCUGGGUCACAGCAAUACCCAAACGCGGCUGCAGGCGGCGUUAAUUCCCCACAGCACUCCCAGCAAUGGGCACCUUCAGCUUCCAUGAUCUCGCAACCGCACCAGCAGUACCCCAACCAGCCUGUGAAUCCUAGCAUCCUAUCACUGCAACAAUCCCAGCAGUUUGGAAGCCCGUCAAGCCAGCAGCCCGGCCAAUUCCCCGGUCAGCAACAAGUUCAACAACAGGCGCCACCGCAAACAUCACAAAUCAGUGGAUCGCAGCUGUCCUCUUCUCAGGUCGUGUUCCAGCCGACUACCAAGGACAACCGUGAGCGUCUGGACAUUGAGCAGGCAUGCGAGCGUGUGCGCACUUACAUGACACAAGGCAAGUUCGACGACGCAGUAAUGACCUGGAUUCAAGACACCCGUAACGAGGAAGAGGUCUUCUCCCAGGUCCUGGCCAAGUACGAUGCCACGUUCAUUCAGAACCUGAACCCACUGCUGCUCUUGACUGUUGCAGCGACUGUCACGGCGAAUCUGGAAAACCCCCAGCUUCUGCACACUAAGCUCGGCUGGACUGAGGUUGUUCUGGUCACAUUCUUCGAGGCUCUCCCCAGAAUUGAGGGACAAGUCCGCGAAAUCACCCCCAAGGUCAUGUCGCUGCUGAAGGGUCGCCUCGAGCAUGUAUUCCUGCGCCUCAGCAGCACGAUGCCCAGCGACCCAGCCCUGAGGAACAUCUCCAGCAUGACGAGCCUGACGCAGCGAAUCACAGACUCCAUGCGGCCUAUUGCCGCUGCCGGCGUGCCGUACUAGUAUUGAACGAAAAGUAUCUUUUGACUUACCUUAGUCUUGGAUGCAGGCAUGGAAGUCGAGGAGCCCCCACGCGAGGCUCGACAGCUCGUCAGUCAUGCGCGGAUGCCGUGGGCACCGCCUGGCUCUUGCAUUCCGCGCAAGAAGAAACAUGUUGUUUCUUAUAUGUACAAACAUCACCAAAACAUACUUACGGGUGGUCUACGGGUCAGGAUUGAACCGAGCCAUACGAGACAAUAGGGAUACCCGCAGCGGUAAACUUGGGAAAAGGAAUGAGGGAAGGAAGAGGGAAAGAGGGGUUUUUUAUCCCUUAGGUUCAGUACACAACUUACUUGGCUCGUCAGGAAAGCAGAAGGCAAGUAAGGAAGGAAGGAAGGAAUGCAAGCGACGAAAAGGGCGCGAAAGGAAGGGGGAAGAAACACGCGAUGAGACGUAGAGGGGAGUGCGCCAGCAGUGACGAUGUCUGCGAGGGGUCGCGCUUUAUGGAGGGGGGGGGGGGAGCAAAGACGAAAGGGGAGGGGGGAUCUUGGACUCGGUUUGGAAAAGCCGGGCCCUGGGCCGCUGGUGCCUUGCACAUGUGGUUCUCCCCCUUUUAUUUUUCUUCUUCUUCUUCUUCCAUGGUCUCGGUGCUGGCGAACCCCGCCCCUUGUCUCUCUCCCCCGGGGGAGGUUAUUGUCUGGUAAUUCUGUAGCGUUGGGGAGUAAUGAUUGAGAGAGAUAUGGAGAGAGAUUCCCGGCCAUUGCAAUAUUUUUUUUGUGAAGUUUUUGAUUGGAGGGUGGUGGUGCUUGUCGAGCGGCAGUGGCUGUCGGGAGGGUCUCUGCUUGUUGUGGGACAUUGACGGUCGUUGGAUAAUUGAAGGGUGAGGCAGGCAGGCAGGCCUAGGGGUCCCGCGACCUCGGGACAGGCGAGUGGUCCGCCGAAGGGGUGGGGGCAGGUCAUGGAGGAGUUGUUCUGAUCUAUGAACCUUCAGGCUGCUUUACUUGCCGUGGACGUCCGGAAGAGGGUAGUGGAGGAUGUCGACGAAUGCGAUUAUUGGUUCCUGCAAAGGGUGUUUGGUGUCGGUUUCACUGUUGGAGGACAUGAGGAAACACAUGCAGGACUGGACCAUCCUGCCUGGAAAAUUUCAGCAAACUUAUUGUGCUGUACUGUGCUGCCCUGCCCAAAU